UUUGGUGCAUUUCUGUUGGCAAUAGUGCCAUUCGUUCCAGUCGGUCGUGGUACAUUGGCCGCGGACGUGUUCGCGGGGUGGGGGGGACGGAGGAAAAUAGUGUGCACACGCCGCCGGUACAAACGAAAUGUGAACAAACGGUGUAUUAGCCGGUCUCGACGACGACGACGACCGGUUUUCCUAAGCCGACCGCCGGAACAGUGUGCUAGAAGAUCCGUCAGUGACGUCCGCCGCGCUUGUCCGUGCACAAGUGGUGCAGGUGUGUUCUGUGCCGGUUUUUCGUUUUGUUUUUGCGCCACUAUUAUGACGAAGUUCGGCUAGCAGCCAGCCAAACCAAACCCGCGUUUUUUUCACAACAGCAAUUAUUGUUACCAUUGUAGUUUCCAAUAAUAAUAAUAAUUGUGGCCGGGAAAUCCGCGCGGCCACCGGUGGACGCGAUGGCCCGUGACGCCGAGGUGCACGACUUGGACAUGCCGUCUCUGGAGUACGACGACGAAGAAACGGCGUACGUGGGCACGGAGACGCCGAGUUUCGACGCGGACGACGCCGCUCUGGGCAGCACGUUCGUGAUCGUCGACGAGGACACGGUGUCCGACCCGGACGACGACGACGACAUGGUAGCGCCCCUGGUGAAUUGUCCGGUGUCCGCCGAAUCGGUGGCCGUCGGGACGCCGGCGGCCGCGGCGUCUCCGUCGUCCGGCGUCCGGCCCAAAUUCCUGGACAAGAUCAAAGAGCACAAGAGCUACCAGAGGCUGGCGAAAAUGAUUAAGAAAAAAGACGAAGAGCCGCCGGUGAUCAUGUCCCCGGACUCGGGCAUCAACGAGCUGCAAGGGCUCAGCGUCGAGGAACAGGAGAAACAGAAAGAUGAAUGGCAACAAGAGCUGAACAAGGUCGAGGAGGAGAUCAAGACUCUGCGCGAAGUGCUCGGAUCCAAAGUGAGAGCUUCGCAAGAGCUCAGGCGAAAGCUCGGCUACACCGUUUGGCAGGAGAUCACCGGUGACGUGUCGCAGGGCCUGCGCAACGUCAAAGAGUCCAACGUCUACCAAAAUGUAGAAGAAAAGUUUAGCCAAUUCGGAAAAGCUGUUGUUGACGCACCAAUAUUCAACUUUUCUUUACCAGACUCGAGCGACAUGCGCACCCCAACCAGGAACAUGGUUCUAAAACACUGCUACCAAAACGUAGAGGGCAAAUUUAAGCAAUUCGGAACGGCCGUAGUUGAAACACCGAUCUAUCAGAAAACCGAAUCCGUCGUGAAAACCACAGCGGAAAAAGCAACGACAAUAUUCGGUGGCUUCGGCAGCGGCCUCAGUUCGAAAUUAGGACAGAUCAAGAACUCCGAGUCGUUUCGUUCGUUCGAAGAAAAAGUCGGUUCGGCGUUGGACACCGUCAAGACUAAGGUGGCGUCGCGUUCAAACUCUAUGCAAAAUUUCGACGAGAUAUUGGAAGAAGAGACGCGUGUGGCCAACGAAGAGAAACGUUUAAAAGAAGAACGAGAGGCGGCCACCAAAUGAAAAACACACUAAACACUCCAUCGUCGUUUCUCCGUAAAAAUCAUGCACUAAAAAUUAUAUAUGUAUAUCGUUUAUUUUACACCGAUACACUAUUUUCCUCAGCGUAGCGUGUGAUUUAAUAUUAUCGAGAAAACAUUUUUUUUAUUGUAUUUAUCUCCAUCUAAUAAUAUUAUAUAUAUAGGAAGUAGAUAUUUUAAUUAUUAUUUAUGUUAAUUGUGUAUUCGGUUUGUAAUUAUUAUUAGUUAUUUUAUUUAUUCGUUUCUUUUUUUUUGUUAAGUAUAUAAAAAAAAAAAAUAUAUUUAUAUUACUCGUUCUUGUUUACGGCGUAACUUAGAAAUAAAAAAAACAA